GUCGUGCGCACGCGUCCUCGCAGUGUGUUCACGUUUUCAGACUCUACGAGUUGAACGUCGUCGCGCAGCGCGGUUUGUUACUUAUCGAAAUAAAUACGCUCGGGCAAAGUGAUUUCAGGUGUCAAGUUUUCAGUUUGUUUAUCAGGUACCAGCGCAGCACCCGACGUCGUAAUUUCAGAGAUGGAGCCUACGAGUGUUCUGAUAUCCUAUAUAGUACAUUCCCGGGAGGAUACGAAGAAUAUUUUCGGCUCCUCAGGCACGUUGAUUUCGGAGAACUGGGUAUUGGCCCAUGGAAGUCUGCUAGAGCCAUGGACGUUGCAAAGUAACCAGUUGCGCUCGAUCGCUAAAGACUUGAAGGCUGGAGUGCUGACUAAAAGCUCGGACAGAAAGCCUUUCAUCGAGUUUUCGGUAUCUUGGGAAGUCAAAGACACCGGAACCGGGUCACCGCCAUGUUGCGGCGCAAAAGUAAUUCCGAAAAUGAGCAGGAUCUCGUUGUCGGACGAAACGUGCGAUCGACCCGUGCUGACUUUUAGGACCAAAAAGGCUCGCCUAGCUGCGGUAUGGAAAUGUCCACUGCUCGCAGACGCUUUCGAAGGAAUCCUCUCCUCCUGGAGGUUCUGCGAAAACGUCGCCGUUGCUGACAACGAGUUAUUCCCACUGCUACUGCUCCUCAGGAUACAAAACGGUGACGCGGCCAGCUCGAAUCCCAUCGUCGAACUGCGGGACGUUCUCAGAAAUUUCGUCAAAGUCUUGGCACUCCCACAGAGAGGUCAGGAGGUCGAGAUCGAAUCGACGCCCUUCGGGAAUCCUGUCUUCAUAAAUUCCGUAUCUACCGGCGUCGUCAGCAACGUUUUAGGACCCUCCAAAUCUCUUCUGCUGACCGACACUAACGCUGUCAUCGGCUGCGAAGGCGGGCCGAUUUUCAUCAAAUAUAAAAGCGGGCACAGAGCCGUUUCUGGCAUCGUGAUCGCCCCGCUGAGUUGGUGUCGGGGUGAAUGGGUCGGCUAUACUCUAGGGGUGAGUUUGAUCCCGUGUUUACACCGCAUCCUGGAUAUUUCUGGCACAAACAUCAUUCUCAGAUCACCUAUUUUAGGCCCCAGCACAGUCAGAAUGCUGGAUAGAAGUGUGGUCGUUGUGAGCUGCGGAUCAGUCUGGGGAUCAGGUGUUUUAGUUGAUAAGGCGACUGGGACGUUUUUGACCUGCUCUCACGUGGUGAAAGAGGCGCCGAACAGCAGGAUAACAAUAUCCAAUGUAAAUUUCUCCGCGCGAGGUGAACUGGUCUACAAAACGCCAAACGAGAAAUCCUACGACUUGGCAAUCGUACGUGUAGAGCCACAGGAAGUGGUCUCUUUGCAGAACGUCUCUAUGGCCACCACGCUCAUCCGAAAAAGAGAUGAAGUUGUAUGCGCCGGUUUCCCGCUAUUCUCAACUCGCGACCAGCCGCAAAUCCUCCCAACGGUUACACGCGGAAGAGUGUCUCACGUGUCGGUCGGAAUGUUGCAAACAUCGUGCUGCAUCCAGAGCGGCGCAAGUGGUGGACCGGUUGCCACUUGGCCAGGAGGUGAGCUGGUAGGAAUCGUUGUUUGCAAUGCGACCUCAGCCGGUAACAAAGCGCUCUUUCCCCACGUCAAUAUGGCAGUUCCCGCUACAAUUUUCGAAGGACCGAUCCGCGAGUAUCUUCGAACGCAAGACGUAAAAUGUUUAAGCAAGUUGGAGAACAAUGAUAUUAUUAUUCAGCAAAGGUGGAAAUUGAAUCCAGCGCCGUUAGCUCAUUUAUAAAACGUGAAAUAUCGUAAUUAGGAUAAAUAUUUAAAAAAUCAAUUUCAAAUAUUUUCACCGAGGUUUUAAAUUUCUGUUAGCUUUUCUCAAGAAUUUUGUUGAAUAAGCAAGUCUGUCGAUACUUUAAAAGACGUGUGCGCGCGUGUGCGUGUAUACAAUAAAUAUGUAAAACGAAUGAUGUGGUAAUCGACGGGGAGACAUUACAUUACAAUUACUUGCAUGCAUGUACAUUGAGUAUAAUCUAUUCGCGUUCUGUUUACUUUUAUUUU